GACCAUUCUUUCGCGUAAGGUAUGUCUGGAAAGGAUUUCGAUUUUUGACUUUUUCACUCGAAAAUGAAAGCAUCCUUUGUUUCUGCGAAGUGAGGUAGUCCAAAGGAUUGCAUUAGCAGAUUAUGGAUACUGCUGGAAGGCUUCCAAUCGGUGGAGGAAGUGAUAGAGCUGCAAAGUUUUACGAGCAGGCUCUUCUUUUGGUGGAUUGCUGCAAGAUCCCAGAAGCCAUCAAGUUAUUGGAAAAGGCCAUCCAGCUCAAUCCACAAGCUGAAAUCUACAAGGAAACACUGGCUCUCUUUCAGAUGAAUGCAGAAUGUUACUCACGUCAUCUACAGAAAGACAAACAAGGAUUAAGCUACGCCAGUAUUACUCGAGCAAAGUCUGGCAUUGGUAAUGAAAAAAAGAAGAAUUCCUCCAAUGAAUGGAAUGUAAAAAAAGCAGAAGUGAAAGAGAAUCCAGGUGUUAAAACUCCAUGGUCUCCAGCUGUUUCCUCUAGUUACUAUAGUGAUCCUAGUGAACAAGCUACCAUUGAACAUCCUUGGACAUCCUUUGUGAAUAGCAGUUACAAGAAGAGAAAACCUGAUAGCAGCCCAAUAGAUGGUUUAAGUGAGAUAGACCUCCCACCAAUAAAUGAUAAUUGCACUGAGAGUCAAAGUCCUAAACUCCAAGUACUGGAAGAAGCUGAUGGCUCAUUUUGUUCAACAGUCAAAACGCCCAUUAGUUCACAGGAGGCUGUGCAUGACAAUGGCAGCUUCUCUGACCAUGACCUUGAUGACCGUGUUGAUGUUUCAGCUGAUCAUUUUGGUUAUAAAAAUGGUGAAUAUCCUGAAGGAGUUUACACCUACAGUGAUAAUCAAGAUGAAAAUCUAGAAACAAGAUUCAUUGAUGAGUUGUGCAUGGCACGCGAAUCUGCAAUAGAUGACUGGGCAAAAUACUAUGAUUUAUUGCAAAGUGGGUUAAGAGAAGAAGUACCUUUUACUAGGUCAGACAUUUUGCAUCAGAACAUACCCACAACUCAUCAAUAUUCUGAUAGUUCGAUUGAACUAGAUGAAACUGGUGAUGUUAAGCACAGGGAUCACCUGAAGACAGAUCGGUCAAGUUCUGACAAACUUUCCUCUAAGGACAACAGUAAAGUCUGUUCAAAGUGUGGGCACACAAAGGAAGGAAGCAAUCUCCCUCGUGUUCCCUCAAAGACCAGGGUUCAUUUUGUGAAUGGUGCUUGUGUUUCAAGCCCAAGCAAUCCUCACUGUACUUGUAACAAACAGAAUAAAGGAUUUUCUGAAGAACAAUCACCAAAGCCAUCUCUUUCAUCAUCUCAACAAGAAUUUUAUCAAAAUCUUCAAAAUUACUUUGGCAAUGGAAAGGUUAAGAGUAGGAAGACAGAUAUCGGAACAGAGAAAGAGAAAUCAAAAAAGAGUUCUGCAGAGUUAUAUCCAGAUCCUACCACCAAACAUAAUUGUCAUGAUUCUAAUGUUUCUUCCAACACAGCUAAGGAACUGCAGAAAGUGAGAUCAGAACAGAAUGUUACAGAAGAUAGAGAGUGUAGUACAAACAGUUGUGUGCAUAAUGGCAACCAGAAUCCCAAGGAACAUUUAAGUCACAAGGUGAACAAUGAGAUGAGCACUUCUGUUGACCCUGAGACAGCAAAAAGCUCAUUUAAUGAAGAAAGUGUGAAAAAAGGCAAGAAGUCAUUUGGCAAGGAAAGAUUUCAACAGACAAGUUUCAAGUCAAAAUCAAGAGUUGAUGAAAAAGUCAGAAGGAAACCUCAAGCUUCAGUUAAGACUGAACAUGUAAAGACUUCAAAAGAUGGAACAUCAAGCAGGAUUGAUUCACACAGACAAGCAAAACCUAAGGUUGGUAUUAAAUCAAGAGUCAGUGAUAGAGUGAAAGAUGAAGGUACUACCAGAACAAUGCCAGCAUCAGAUGCAAAAGAGAAACCAAGUCAUAAACAGAGGGCUGAGGGAACUGCUCAAGCAGAGCUUGAUUUCACCAAGCUAUUUUAUAGCCUCUACUGCACAGGUGUAUCAGUGUUGAGCAAAUGUGGUCAAGCUUUCAAGUCCGUCAUUUACUAUGUACUGGUUCUUCUGGUUUUGCUCUGUGGCUUUUUCAUUUACUGUGUUUGGUUUGCUUUGUGCUGGUGCUGCAAGAAGGUGCUGCACUAUGUUGCAAUUGACAGAUGGCUGGCUUAUGUUAAAAACAAAUUAUCAGCUGUGAAUGAGUGGGUCAAAAAGAGAAGAGAAAGAAGAAAGGUGUCUGGUGAAGGUCAAACCUAUGAUCUGCCGAAGAAUGGAGAUGCAGCAGUUUUGCAUAUGCUUCAAAACAAAGACAACGAUCCCUACAGUGUUCUUGGAGUGCCAAGAGAUGCGACAGAUGAUGACAUAAGAAAGCAGUACAGGAAGCUUGCUGUCUUGAUCCAUCCAGACAAGAACACUCAUCCUCAAGCGGAUGAAGCUUUCAAGACUCUUGCGAAUGCCUUUGACAUUCUGAGUGAUCCAGAGAAGCGUUCUAAUUUUGAUGCUGAAGAAGCUUGGAAAAGAAGAGCAGAGGAGAGGGAGGGACGUUUCGGCCCUGCUAGUCCUGAGCAAUUUUUUGCCGAUCUAGGACGAAAGAUGCAAGAGAUGCAGAAUUACUUGCACUGCAAUACGUGUGAUGGAAAACAUCGUCGUUACAGCACAGACCGGUUUGUUCUGACCGCACGGUUUUGCGGUCGGUGUAACACGAGACACGCUGCAAAAGAGGGAGAUCUGUGGGCAGAGAGUAGUUUUCUUGGCUAUAAGCUGCAUUUUUAUGCCUGUAUGGAGGGUGAAGUGUUUGAUGUCACGGAGUGGGCAGCUUGCCAGGGUAUUGGCAGUUAUCGUGUUGAGCCUAAUCCUCAUACAGUGCAUCUGAAACUCAAGACUCGCCAGUCACAUCCUAGUGGCUUUAGUUCCAGAUCGGAGGAGAGAGAUUUUGAGAAUUUCAUGCGCGCAUUUUUCGGACAGUUUCCACCGGAGAGGGAAAGAUUUCAAGGAGCAAGCAAGCCACAGAAGAGACGAAGGAAGAAAAAACAUUGAAAGAUCGCGAGUACAGACCAAGAUUAACGUCAUUAUGUGCAUAGCAGUGCCAUUUGAUUUUUUUAAAAUUAUUAAAGGGAAAAUAAAACUAAAGGUGAUCGGUAAAGGUGUUAUAAUAUGAGCUAAUAUUGAGAUGUUUGAGCGGUUAACAUCAACCUCUGGUGAGGACACAAAUUUCUGCCUUAGAAGUUAUGAAAUGAAAUAAUAUGCCCCAACCUUGAAGAGAAUCCAAGGUUUGAUAAAAAAUCUUGUCUGGUCGGCGUUAAUUGGGGUAAGGAGUAAAGAGUUUUGUAUUAAAUUUAUUGUAACUCAAAAAAAAAAAAGUUAUGUAAAAAAACCCGAUAUUUUUCCAGUUAAAAUAUUCAUUCCAUUGUAUGCCUUAUGUCGCAUGACGUUUUGCUUUGAAAGAGAUAUAAGAAACAAUUAUAUUUCAGUAGUUGUUGUUAAAUCAGAAAUAAACAUUUUUCAUUAUA